AUGUCCUACCCAGAUAGUUUCCAAGGUUUUGCUGUCGUUAAUGACCACAAGAACUGGUUGAACCCAGAAAAGAUCGUUUACCCAGCCAAGAAGUUCGGUCCUCAAGACGUUGAUGUCGAGAUCGAAGCUUGCGGUGUUUGUGGUAGUGAUGUCCACUGUGCCAACGGUAACUGGGGUAAUCAAAAGUUGCCAUUAGUUGUUGGUCACGAAGUUAUCGGUAAGGUUAUCAGAGUUGGUGAAGAAUGUACCACUGGUAUCAAGGUUGGUGACCGUGUUGGUGUUGGUGCGCAAGUUAGAUCCUGUUUGGAAUGUAGACGUUGUAAGGAGGACAACGAACCAUACUGUCCAAAGUUCGUCACUACUUACUCGCAACCAUACCCAGAAGAUGGUUACGUUUCCCAAGGUGGUUACGCCUCUCAUAUCAGAUUGCAUGAGCACUUUGCCAUUCCAAUCCCAGAAUCUCUAGAAGCCGCUUACACUGCCCCUCUACUUUGCGGUGGUGGUACUGUCUACUCUCCAUUGAAGAGAUACGGCUGUGGUCCAGGUAAGAAGGUUGGUAUCGUCGGUAUCGGUGGUAUUGGUCACAUGGGUAUCCUUUUGGCCAAGGCUAUGGGUGCUGAAGUUUACGCCAUCUCCAGAUCUCACGCUAAAGAAGAAGCUGCCAAGAAAUUGGGUGCUGACCACUACAUUGCUACCAAGGAUGAAGGCUGGGAAUUGGAAAACUUUGACAAAUUGGACUUGAUCGUUCUAUGUGCCAGCUCCUUGACCGACGUCGACUUCACCAAGUUGCCAAAGUUGCUAACUGUUGGUGGUAUUUUGGCCUCUAUCUCUGUUCCAGCCGCUCACGAAAAGUUGAACUUGAGUCCAUUCGAAUUAAUGGGUUACAAGAUCACCGAAUCUGCUCUAGCUUCCCGUAAGGAAUUAAUUGAGAUGUUGAACUUGGUUGCUGAGAAGAACAUCAAGCCUUGGGUUGAAAAGCUCCCAAUCAGCGCCGAAAGCGUCUCUGAAGCCUUCCAAAGAAUGGAAUCCGGUGACGUGCGUUUCAGAUUCACUUUCACCGACUUCGACAAGCAAUUCGGAGAGUUCAAGGCUCAAAAAUAA